GUGGCGGCGAGCUGCGCCAUACCCCUAGGCUGGGCGGGAAGGCAGCACUGCCACGGGCCGGGGCAGUGGAGUCGAGCUGGCCUUGGGUGGCACGGCCGAAGUGCUCCACCGAGGCCCGCGGGGCCUCCACGGUGGCUCUUGGCUCAACCCGUCCCGCCCGAGUGCCGCCCAGCGCUGCCCUUGGAAGCUGAUCAGCAGGCGCCCGCCGAGGCCCGCGGGGCUUCCGCGCCGAUUCUUGGCUCAGCGCGUCCAGCCCCAGUGGCGCCCAGCGCUGCCGCCUUGGAGCGGGUCGGCUGGCCUGGCCGCUCUCCGGGGCCAUGCUGAAGCUGGUGGUCACCGCGCCCGGCAAGCUGAAGGCGGAGCUCGAGUGCUCCCCCGACGCCACGUUUGGGGACGUCAAGCGGCAGCUGCAGGAGAAGCUGGGCGUGCCGACCGACAAGCAGCGCCUGCUGUGCAACGGCCGGGAGCGCAAGGACGCCGGCGAGACCCUGACCGGCGCCGGCGUUGGGGCGAAGAGCAAGCUGAUGCUCAUGCUGGCGCCGGGCUACACGAUGCCGGCGGCGCCGCCGGCCGCCGAAGACGCGGCCGCGCCCGCUGGAGCCGCGGGUGCCCAGGCCGAGCAGCCCACGGCGCCCAAGGAGGCAGAGGGCGAGCUGCCCUGGCCAGGCGGCGCGACAGCAGGCGAGGGCGUGAGCGCCGCCGGCACGGUGCACGUGCGCCGGGGGCGGGACCGCUACCACGUGCGAGUGCCGCAGGGCCUGGCGCAGGCGACCUUCGGGCAGCUGGCCGAGUACCUGGCCGGCGCGUUCCUCGGCGGCGUGCCGGCCAGCGAGCUGCGCUUCCUGGCCGGCGGCCGCACGCCGGGCGCGUCGGACGCACUGGGCGCGCCGGGUGCGGCCGAGGCGCAGGUCAUGCUGCUCUUCCGCGAGGGCUUCCACACCAACGCCGACUCGGCCAUCUGGCUGAGGGACUCCCGCGCGGAACUCAAGGAGGCCGAGGAGGUGCUGGAGAGGCUGGGCAAGCGAAUAGAGGCGAACUUCUCCAACGAGGAGACGGCGCUGAAGCUCGCCGAGGUGGGAGGCGUCGUGGCAACCCUCAGGCAGAGCGUGGACAGCGUCCGAGUCUUCGAGUCGUCGGUGGCGGAGUUGCAGCAGUUCCGCGAGCAGGUGAUCGCUGCGGAGGCCAAGGCCGAGGCGCUCCGGAAGAGCAUGAGGCUGUGACGCACCUGGGGCCCGGGCGCGGUGGAGGCUGUGGAUGAGCCGAGGUACGUUCCGCGAAGCCGGGCGCAGGGAA